CUACUUCAUAUAUCCUCUUCGCCCAUUCUAAACCACUUGCCAUGCCGACGCUCUCUGGAAUUUACACCUCGCUCACCGGUCAAACAUUGGCCAUAGACGAGCAUUGCCAUCUCAGGGUCAUUCACGGCGACCAACCAAAGACCAAACUGCGUGCAGAUGCAGAGUUUUGGCUUUGUGAGGACGAUGGGAAAAUCGGCAAGUUUGGAUCUCCGAAGAAGGUGACUCUGCACUUCGAGGGCCAGAAUUACCACAUCUGGGUCGAACCCCGCGGUUUCAGCGAUGGUGCUUACGAGUUCGGACUCAUCCCGAUCGAGCCCGAUGGCCAGUACAGCAACCAAUUCCUAGCCCUCAAUGCAGCCGGCGAUCAGUUCGAGAUCCUGCCCUCCUGGUCGGAGGCGGCCAAAUUCCGAUGCGUGGAGUAGUCAGGUCAGGUCAGGUCAGGUCAGGGCCUUGCAAUGCUUCAUCGAUCGCUGUCAGUUUCCCGUCGUGGGACGCAGGGCAAGGAAUGGUCCCGGCUGCAGAAUUACCCCCGUGGACGGGCUUAGACACGAAUUAGAGAUAGCUGGGGAUCCAAUGCAUUGAUAGAAUUACCUCC